AGUCCACAAAAGACAUCACUUCUCAACUGAAAAACUAAAAGUUGUCUUCUUUCUUCUUCCCCUAACUAGCUAACCACAUUUGGGAGGCUAGGUGGUGUAAUUUUCCGGCGAUAUGAGGCUUAACAAUGGCGGCCCUGCCAAGGGUCGUCAAUAUUUGCCACAAAUCUUAGUGGCAUUGGCCAUAUUGGCUGUUGCUAAUGUAGUGUCGGCAGACCCUUAUGUAUACUCUUCUCCACCACCUCCAGUGUAUGAGUACAAAUCACCACCACCUCCUUCUCCGUCUCCACCACCACCUUAUGUGUACAAAUCUCCACCUCCUCCCUCACCUUCUCCCCCACCUCCAUAUGUUUAUAAGUCACCUCCUCGUCCUUCUCCAUCACCACCACCACCAUAUGUGUAUAAGUCCCCACCACCUCCCUCACCGUCUCCACCACCACCCUAUGUGUAUAAGUCUCCCCCACCUCCUUCACCAUCUCCACCUCCACCAUAUUACUACAAAUCUCCUCCACCACCAUCACCUUCACCACCACCUCCAUAUUACUAUAAGUCACCACCUCCACCUUCACCGUCACCUCCACCACCAUACUAUUACAAAUCUCCACCACCGCCUUCACCAUCACCACCUCCACCAUAUUAUUAUAAGUCUCCACCGCCACCUUCUCCUUCACCUCCUCCACCAUAUUAUUACAAAUCUCCACCACCUCCUUCACCUUCUCCUCCACCACCUUAUUACUACAAGUCUCCACCUCCUCCAUCACCUUCACCACCACCACCAUACUAUUACAAGUCUCCUCCUCCACCUUCCCCAUCACCACCCCCACCAUACUAUUACAAGUCCCCACCACCACCGGCUAAAUCACCUCCUCCACCGUACUAUUACAGUUCUCCACCACCACCAGUGAAGUCUCCCCCUCCUCCAUACUACUACUCCUCACCACCACCACCAAAGAAAUCACCACCUCCACCAUAUCACUACAGUUCCCCACCACCACCAGUUAAAUCACCUCCAACUCCAUACUACUACAAGUCUCCACCACCACCAAAGAAGUCUUCUCCCCCACCAUACUACUAUACUUCACCACCACCACCAACUCAUUACUAUCCUCCACAUCAUCAAUUUGUAGUCAAAGUUGUCGGAAAAGUAUAUUGUUUUAGAUGCCAUAAUUGGAAGCACCCAGAGAUGUCUCACGGCAAGAAACACUUGAAAGGUGCUGUUGUUGAAGUGACUUGCAAGGACGGUGACAAAGAAAUUGUGAGUUAUGGUACCACUAAGAUCAAUGGCAAAUUUAGCAUCACUGUUGAAGGAUUUUGA